CGGGUGUCAGCGCCCGCCCCGUGCAUGGCUCGCCCGGGCUGCCCCCAGCCUGACACCUCUCUCCUGCCGCCUUAGCCUCCCGGUUGUUGUGGUGCUGCUUUGCAAAGCCUGGCCAGUUCCAUGCUUUGGAGACAGUCCCAGCCUCAGCAGCUGCAGCCGCCGCUCGGUGCGCUGGGCGGGCUGGGCAGCCCUUGCUGAUGCUGUCGGAGGGAAGCUGAUCGGGAGUCGGUCGGCUGGGACCUGCGGAUUUAGGCGGCUGGGGAGGAAGGAGAAGCCACUUGCAGCGCUCCGAGCCCAGGCGAGCCGGAGAAGGGAGGCGGCGCGAUGUGGCUGGGUAGGCUGCUGAAGUUCGCCCUGGGAUUUACAGUGAUUUUAUCUUCCUAUACGAGCGAAGGUGCUGAAGGGAAUUUGGAGGCUGAUAACGUGAAGGAAACCAGAGCCAGCAGAGCCAAGAGGAGAGGACAAGGCGGAGGCGGAGGAGGACACGAUGCGCUCAAAGGACCCAAUGUGUGUGGAUCACGUUACAAUGCCUACUGUUGCCCUGGAUGGAAAACGCUACCUGGUGGAAAUCAGUGCAUAGUCCCAAUUUGCAGACAUUCCUGUGGGGAUGGAUUUUGUUCAAGACCAAACAUGUGCACAUGCCCAAAUGGCCAGAUAGCACCUUCCUGUGGUUCAAAGUCAAUACAACACUGCAACAUCAGGUGUAUGAAUGGAGGUAGCUGCAGUGAUGACCAUUGUCUCUGCCAGAAAGGAUACACAGGAACACAUUGCGGACAGCCUGUCUGUGAAAAUGGGUGCCUUAAUGGAGGGAGAUGUGUGGCUCCAAACCGAUGUGCUUGUACAUAUGGCUUCACUGGACCUCAGUGUGAAAGAGAUUAUAGGACUGGCCCAUGCUUCACACUGGUAACCAAUCAGAUGUGCCAGGGACAGCUCACUGGAAUAGUCUGCACAAAAACCCUUUGCUGUGCAACAGUUGGGAGAGCAUGGGGCCACCCCUGUGAAAUGUGUCCUGCUCAGCCUCAUCCCUGCCGCCGGGGUUUCAUUCCAAAUAUUCGCACAGGAGCCUGUCAAGAUGUGGAUGAAUGCCAAGCCAUCCCUGGGAUCUGUCAUGGGGGAAAUUGUAUUAAUACUGUUGGAUCUUUUGAGUGCAAAUGCCCAGCUGGACACAAGUUUAAUGAAGUGACACAAAAAUGCGAAGAUAUUGAUGAAUGCAGCACCAUUCCUGGAAUCUGUGAUGGAGGAGAGUGUUCUAACACUGUUAGCAGUUACUUUUGCAAAUGUCCACCUGGUUUUUAUACAGCUCCUGAUGGCACAAGAUGUAUAGAUGUACGUCCUGGAUACUGUUUCUCUUCUCUGACCAAUGGCCGUUGCGGCAAUCAGCUCCCCCAGGUUUUAACUAAAAUGCAAUGCUGCUGUGACACUGGACGAUGCUGGUCUGCUGGGGCAGUGAGUGCCCCUGAAAUGUGCCCAAUCCGAGCUACAGAGGAGUAUCGCAAGUUAUGCGUAGUAGCUGAGCCAGCGCCUCCGAGACCUCCUCUUCCUCCAGGCCCUCUUCCAGGCCAUCAUAAUGGAUAUCCUCCUGAAAGAUAUCCUCCUGAAAGAUAUCCUCCGAUUCCUGAGAUACCACCUCGGCCUCGACCAACACUUGCUGUGGUCUUGCCAGUUAAUUUCACUGACUAUUGCCAGCUAUUCAGACAUCUCUGUCUUAAUGGGCGCUGUAUUCCAACUCCUGGGAGCUACCGCUGCGAGUGCAACAAAGGAUUCCAGCUGGAUGUCAGAGGGGAGUGCAUUGAUGUUGAUGAAUGUGAGAAGAAUCCUUGUAUUAGUGGAGACUGUAUAAAUAACCAAGGAUCCUACAUAUGCCAGUGUCGUGCUGGAUUUCAGAGCACACUAACUAGGACAGAGUGUCGAGAUAUCGAUGAAUGUUUACAGAAUGGCCGGAUCUGUAAUAAUGGACGGUGCAUAAACACAGAUGGCAGUUUUCACUGUGUUUGCAAUGCUGGCUUUCAUGUGGCAGUCGAUGGAAAAAACUGUGAAGAUAUGGAUGAAUGUAGCAUAAGGAACAUGUGCCUUAAUGGGAUGUGUAUCAAUGAAGACGGAAGCUUUAAGUGCAUUUGUAAACCUGGUUUCCAGUUAGCAUCUGAUGGACGUUAUUGCAAUGACAUUGAUGAGUGUGAGACAGCUGGAAUAUGCAUGAACGGACGCUGUGUGAACACUGAUGGCUCUUUCAGAUGUGACUGCUUCCCAGGUCUUGUAGUGGGACUAGAUGGACGUGUGUGUGUUGAUACACAUAUGCGAAGCACAUGCUAUGGUGAAUACAAGAGAGGUCAAUGUGUUAAACCAUUAUUUGGCGCUGUUACUAAAUCGGAAUGUUGUUGUGCCAGCACUGACUAUGCCUUUGGAGAACCUUGUCAGCCAUGUCCUGCUCAAAAUUCAGCUGAGUACCAGGCUCUAUGCAGCAGCGGACCAGGCCUGGAUUUAGAAGGAAGAGAUAUUAACGAAUGUGCACUGAAUCCUGAUAUCUGCCCAAAUGGAAUCUGUGAGAAUCUGCGUGGAACAUAUAAAUGCAUAUGUAAUUCUGGGUAUGAAGUGGAUGCAAGCGGGAAAAACUGCAUUGAUAUUGAUGAAUGUGCAUUGAACACGCUGCUGUGUGACAAUGGACAAUGCAGAAAUACCCCUGGAAGCUUCACCUGCACCUGUCCCAAAGGAUUUAUAUACAAGCCUGAUCUAAAAACAUGUGAAGAUAUUAAUGAGUGUGAGUCUAAUCCCUGUGUUAACGGAAUAUGCAAAAAUACACUUGGCUCUUUUGCUUGUGAAUGUAGCCCUGAAAGUACUUUGGAUACAACAAGAACCAUCUGCAUAGAAACUAUAAAAGGCACCUGUUGGCAGACUAUUGUGAAUGGAAGAUGUGAAAUAAAUAUUAAUGGGGCAACUCUCAAGUCCCAGUGCUGUUCCUCGCUAGGUGCUGCAUGGGGUAGCCCAUGUACACCCUGUGAACGAGACCCAAUCUGUUCAAAAGGAUUUUCAAGAAUAAAGGGAACAUUAUGUGAAGAUGUAAAUGAAUGCGAAGUGUUUCCUGGGGUUUGUCCGAAUGGUCAGUGCGUCAAUACCUUGGGUUCCUUUUUUUGCCAGUGUUCCAGUGGAAUGGUUUUAGAUGCCUCUGGACGGACAUGUCUUGACAUUCGCUUGGAGACUUGCUACUUGAAGCAUGAAGAUGAAGAAUGUACAUUACCGAUAGCAGGCCGGCACCGAAUGGAUAGUUGCUGCUGUUCUGUUGGUGCAGCAUGGGGCCUUGAAUGUGAGGAAUGUCCUGUGAAGACAACUCCUGAAUUUGAAACUCUUUGUCCAAGAGGACCUGGAUUUGCUAGUAGGGGAGAGAUUAUAAAUGGAAAGCCAUUCUUUAAAGAUAUCAAUGAAUGCAAAAUGAUCCCAAGUCUUUGUACCCACGGAAAAUGCAGAAACACCAUUGGCAGUUUUAAGUGUAAAUGUGACAGCGGAUUUGCACUUGAUUCUGAAGAAAGAAAUUGUACAGAUAUUGAUGAAUGCCGCAUAUCUCCUGAUCUCUGUGGCCAAGGCAUCUGUAUCAAUACCCCAGGGGACUUCGAAUGUCAAUGUUUUGAAGGCUAUGAAAGUGGAUUUAUGAUGAUGAAAAACUGCAUGGACAUUGAUGAGUGCCAACGAAAUCCUCUCUUGUGCCGAGGUGGUGUUUGCAUAAACACAGAAGGAAGCUUUCAGUGUGACUGUCCUCCAGGUCAUCAACUGGCUCCAAAUAUCUCCGCGUGUAUAGACAUCAACGAGUGUGACCUAAGCCACACCCUGUGCAGAAAUGGACAUUGUGUCAACCUGAUUGGAAGGUAUCAGUGUGCCUGCAACCCUGGAUAUCAGUCCACUCCCGACAAAUUAUUUUGUAUUGAUAUUGAUGAAUGCAACAUAAUGAAUGGAGGUUGUGACACCUUCUGUACAAACUCAGAGGGCAGCUAUGAAUGUAGCUGUAAAUCAGGCUUUGCACUAAUGCCAGACCACAGAUCUUGCACUGAUAUUGAUGAGUGUGAAGACAAUCCUAACAUCUGUGAUGGAGGCCAGUGCACUAACAUACCGGGAGAAUACAGGUGUCUUUGUUACGAUGGAUUCAUGGCAUCUGAGGAUAUGAAGACUUGUAUAGAUGUCAACGAGUGUGACCUGAAUCCAAACAUCUGUCUAAGUGGAAGCUGUGAGAAUACAAAAGGCUCAUUUAUUUGCCAUUGUGAUAUGGGAUAUUCAGGCAAAAAAGGAACCACUGGUUGUACAGAUAUCAAUGAGUGUGAAAUCGGAGCCCAUAACUGUGACAGACAUGCCACAUGUACAAAUACGGCAGGGAGUUUCAAAUGUGAGUGCAGCUCAGGUUGGAUUGGAGAUGGCAUCAAAUGCUCAGAUCUGGACGAAUGCUCCAAUGGAACACACAUGUGCAGCCCACAUGCCAAUUGCAAGAACACAAUGGGCUCUUACCGUUGCCUUUGCAAGGACGGCUACACUGGGGAUGGCUUCACUUGUACAGAUCUUGAUGAAUGCUCAGAAAACCUGAAUCUCUGUGAGAAUGGGCAAUGUCUCAAUGCCCCCGGAGGGUAUCGCUGUGAAUGUGAUAUGGGAUUUUUACCAAGUCCAGAUGGGAAAGCAUGUGAAGAUAUUGAUGAGUGCUCCCUUCCUAACAUCUGUGUCUAUGGGACUUGUCAUAACCUCCCUGGUCUAUUCCGAUGCGAGUGCGAGACAGGCUAUGAACUGGACAGAACCGGUGGUAACUGCACAGAUGUUAACGAAUGUGCAGAUCCCACCACCUGUAUCAGUGGCAAGUGUAUCAAUACCGCUGGCAGUUACACCUGUGAGUGCCCUCCCGAUUUUGAGCUGAACCCCACCCGUGUUGGCUGUGUUGACACACGUUCUGGCAACUGUUACUUGGAUAUUAAACCACGAGGAGACAAUGGAGAUCUAGUCUGCAGUAAUGAGAUUGGGGUUGCUGUUUCCAAGGCCUCUUGCUGUUGCUCCCUGGGGAGAGCGUGGGGAGUUCCCUGUGAACAUUGCCCACCUGUGAACUCAACUGAAUAUAAGGUUCUGUGCCCUGGAGGGGAAGGAUUCCGACCAAACCCAAUUACAGUUAUAUUGGAGGAUAUUGAUGAGUGUCAAGAAUUACCUGGACUUUGCCAAGGAGGAAAAUGUAUUAAUACAUUUGGUAGUUUCCACUGUCAGUGUCCAAAUGGCUACUAUUUGAACGAAGAAUCUCGAGUCUGUGAUGAUAUUAAUGAAUGUGAUACACCUGGCAUUUGUGGGCCUGGCACUUGUUAUAACACUGUUGGGAACUACACCUGUAUCUGUCCUCCCGACUACAUGCAAGUCAAUGGUGGCAACAACUGUAUGGAUAUGAGGAGGAGUCUGUGCUACAGAAAUUAUUAUGCUGACAAUCAAACCUGUGAUGGAGAACUGCUCUUCAAUAUGACCAAGAAAAUGUGCUGCUGUUCCUACAAUAUUGGACGUGCAUGGAAUAAGCCUUGUGAACAAUGCCCUAUCCCUAGCACUGAUGAAUUUGCAACACUCUGUGGAAGUCAAAGGCCUGGUUUCUUCAUUGACAUUUAUACAGGUUUACCAGUUGAUAUUGAUGAAUGCCGAGAGAUCCCCGGAGUCUGUGAGAAUGGAGUCUGUAUAAACAUGGUUGGCAGCUUCAGAUGUGAGUGUCCAGUGGGAUUCUUUUACAAUGACAAGUUGCUGAUCUGCGAAGAUAUGGAUGAAUGCCAGAAUGGACCAGUGUGUCAACGAAAUGCAGAAUGUGUCAACACGGCUGGCAGCUAUCGCUGUGAGUGUAAACCUGGCUAUAGGUUCACGUCAACAGGCCAAUGCACUGAUCGCAACGAAUGUCUAGAAAAUCCCAAUAUCUGUAGCCAUGGCCAGUGUAUUGACACCAUUGGAGGAUUCUACUGCAUAUGUCACCCGGGAUUUAAAACCAAUGCUGACCAAACGAUGUGCAUAGAUAUUAAUGAGUGUGAAAAAGAUCCAUGUGGCAAUGGAACAUGUAAAAAUACCAUUGGCUCUUUCAACUGCCGCUGUGACAAUGGAUUCAUCCUCUCACACAAUAAUGACUGCAUAGAUGUGGACGAAUGUGCAAGUGGAAAUGGGAUGCUCUGCAGGAAUGGCCGCUGCAUAAACACAGUUGGGUCUUUCCAAUGUCUGUGCAACGAUGGCUAUGAGGUGUCCCCCGAGGGCAGGACCUGUGUGGAUAUCAAUGAGUGUGCAGUGGUGCCUGGUAGAUGCUCACCUGGCACGUGCCAGAACCUGGAUGGGACGUAUAGAUGCAUCUGUCCUCCGGGAUACAUUCUGAAAAAUGACAGGUGUGAAGAUAUUGACGAGUGUGUAGAAGAGCCAGAAAUCUGUGCCUUGGGUACAUGCAGCAAUAUUCCAGGCAGCUUCACAUGCCUAUGUCCUGAAGGGUUUGUACUGUCUUCCACAGGAAGAAGAUGCCAAGAUCUGAGAGUGAGUUAUUGCUUUACCAAAUUUGAAGAAGGCAAAUGCACAGUUCCCAAAUCUAGAAACCAUUCCAAGCAAGAAUGUUGCUGUGCCUUGCAAGGAGAAGGAUGGGGUGACCCAUGUGAGCUCUGCCCAGAGGAAGGAGAUGAGGCGUUUCGUCAAAUUUGUCCAUUUGGAAUUGGCAUUCUUAUUGGACCAGGGGAUAUACGGGUUGAUGUGGAUGAGUGCCUUGACCCGGAUAAUUGCAGAUUUGGGCAGUGUAUCAACACGGAUGGGUCCUUCCGCUGCGAAUGUCCUUUUGGUUAUAUCCUUCAGGGAGUUCAAUGUGUAGAUACUGACGAAUGCUCUGUUGGAAAUCCAUGUGGAAAUGGAACUUGUAAGAAUGUUAUAGGUGGUUUUGAAUGUACCUGUGAUGAGGGAUUUGAGCCAGGACCAAUGAUGACAUGUGAAGAUGUAAAUGAGUGUGCUCAGAAUUCUCUACUGUGUGCCUUCCGAUGUGUGAACACCUACGGAUCAUAUGAAUGCAAGUGUCCAGCUGGCUACGUUCUUAGAGAAGACAGGAGAAUGUGCAGAGAUCAGGAUGAGUGUGAAGAAGGAAUUCAUGAUUGUGACUCAAAACAAAUGGAGUGUAAAAAUCUGAUUGGCACUUACAUGUGCAUAUGUGGACCAGGAUAUCAGCGCAGACAGGAUGGUGAGGGCUGUAUAGAUGAAAAUGAAUGUCAAACCAAACCUGGGAUCUGUGAGAAUGGACGUUGUGUCAACACAAGAGGAAGCUACAGAUGUGAAUGCAAUGAAGGAUUCACUGCCAGUGACACCCAGAAUGAAUGCCUUGACAACAGAGAGGGCUACUGCUUCACUGAAGUGUUACAAAGUCUGUGUCAGAUUGGAUCAAGCAAUAGGAACUCUGUCACAAAGUCUGAAUGCUGCUGCGACGGCGGGCGCGGCUGGGGGCCAAACUGUGAGAUCUGCCCCUUCCCAGGCACCGUGGCCUUUAAAAAGCUUUGCCCCCAUGGCCGAGGAUACAUGACCAAUGGAGCAGAUAUUGAUGAGUGCAAGGUUAUUCACGAUGUCUGCCGGAAUGGAGAGUGCAUCAAUGACAGAGGAUCAUAUCGCUGCAUAUGUAAACCUGGCUAUACUCAAGAUAUAACGGGCACCCUUUGCAUAGAUCUGAAUGAAUGUAACCAGUCCCCUAAGCCUUGCAAUUUCAUCUGCAAGAACACAGAAGGGAGUUACCAGUGUUCGUGUCCAAAAGGGUACAUCUUACAAGAAGACGGGAGAAGCUGUAAAGAUCUCGAUGAAUGUGCAACGAAACAGCAUAACUGCCAGUUCCUGUGUGUCAACACCAUAGGGGGCUUCACUUGUAAAUGUCCUCCUGGUUUCACUCAGCAUCAUACAGCGUGUAUUGAUAAUAAUGAAUGUGCCUCUGAAAUCAAUCUGUGUGGGGCGAGAGGUGUUUGCCAGAACACACCAGGAAGCUUCACGUGUGAAUGCCAGCGUGGCUUUUCCCUGGACCAGACUGGAGUCAGCUGUGAAGAUGUUGAUGAAUGUGAUGGAAACCACCGGUGCCAGCAUGGUUGCCAGAAUAUAAUUGGAGGAUACAGAUGUAGCUGCCCACACGGAUAUCUCCAGCAUUACCAGUGGAACCAAUGUGUUGAUGAAAACGAAUGCCUCAGUGCACACGUUUGUGGAGGAGCAUCUUGUCACAAUACUUUGGGAAGCUAUAAAUGUAUGUGCCCUACCGGAUUUCAGUAUGAACAAUUUAGUGGAGGUUGCCAAGAUGUCAAUGAAUGCAGUUCUGCACAAGCCCCAUGCAGUUAUGGUUGUUCAAAUACUGAUGGUGGCUAUGUCUGCGGAUGCCCACCUGGUUACUUCAGGAUAGGACAAGGACACUGUGUUUCUGGAGUGGGACUGGGUAAAGGUCAUGGUCAAGAAUUGCCCGUCAGCGGUGAAGUAGAUGACAACUCUCUCUCCCCCGAGGCUUGUUAUGAAUGUAAAAUCAACGGUUAUCCCAAGAGAGGAAGGAAGCGCAGAAGCACUAAUGAAACUAUUGCAAAUGAAGCAGAGGAUCAACCUGAGGUGGAACCAGAAGUCAGUCUUGCCAGUUGGGAUAGUGAAAAAACAGCCGUCUUUUCCUUCAACAUCUCUGGGCUUAAUAACAAAGAUCGCAUCCUGGAACUUCUUCCCGCUCUCUCAACACUGACAAAUCACAACCGAUAUUUAAUUGACUCUGGAAAUGAAGAUGGUUUCUUUAGAAUCAAUCAGAAGGAAGGGAUAAGCUACCUUCAUUUCACAAAGAAGAAGCCAAUACCUGGAACCUACUCAUUACAAAUAAGUAGUAUUCCACUCUAUAAAAAGAAGGAACUUAAUCAGCUUGAAGACAAACAUGACAAAGACUACCUCAGUGGUGAGCUGGGAGAUAACCUGAAAAUGAAAAUUCAGAUUUUGCUUCAUUAAUUCAUCAACCAAAGACCAAAUAAUUAAAACCAAAGAUAGAUAGGUAGGACUGAAUUUCCUCCCAAUCAGAUUCUCCAUAUCAUAGGUACAAUCUUUCAUGAGUACAUUUGUAUGAAUGAGCACUAUUAUAUUAUUACAUAAACAAGGUACAGGAUGAAUACCCUAGAUCAAAACAACCACUUUCUCAGGCUUCUUAAAGUGUAGCUGAGCUACCUUGAUAUGUUGAAUCUUGAAAACUGGGACUUUUAUCAUUGGAGGUUGGCCACUGAUGCUGAGACACACCAUUUCAGCAGAGGUACAAGAACGUGCUUUCAACUGAUGGACUUCUCUAUUUUUGUAAUUCUUAAACUUUGCUUCUCCAACUACAACUUUCUAGGUCAGCCAUUUAUGAUAUCCAUUUGGUGCUAGUACAUUUUCAAUCUAGAUUUAUAAAUGCACUGUAAUAUUUACACAACUUAGAAGCCAAAAUUGCAAUUAUUCAGUCUACAUACUUCAAUCAACCAAAGUUAGCUCAGUAGUUUAUCUCAGUUAUGCCUAUAAUACAGUACAUGUAAAUUAAGUGUGUGUAUACUGUAAUCAUACUAUUUUUAUCAAUGAAGCAUUUGUAAACUAGAUUAAUAAUACCCUUAAUGUGAGGGUUUGUAAUGGUGCUUAUAAAGACCAACUACUUGUUAACUGUAUACACAAACCUGAUGAUGAAAUUUCUGUGACUUACCAAAAUGCACUGAGGUCAGUAGGGACCAUUAAACAUUCUCAGAAGUCAGAUGAUAAUCAGUGCCAUCCUACACCAUGACAUUAUGUAAUACAUGUCAAGAGUACCCAUAAUCAUUCAUAUCAACAAGGGUUCAAUGUCACAAUAAAACAGUGGGUUUUUUUAGUUUA